CCCAUUGUUCCGCCGACUCUCGACCGUGCAACACGCAUCACUUCGCGCUCUUCGAUAAUACAGUGUUUCUCCGAGUGUUCGCGCGUUUUGUAGUGAGUUUGAUUUAUUAUUUUGUGGAAACCUUUGUGGAUUUUUAAUAUGUGUUCCGGUUUUCUUUAAUUAUGAACGUAGAGCCACCUUUAUUCUUGAUAUCUGAUCCAGUUAAAAAGCGCAGGAAGAAAAAGCAACGCAAGAGAUAUAAGCGUGGGGGUGUGAAAUGUCGAGAACAGGAGCGAAGAUCACUCGUGCGUCGGCAGUUUCUUUCGGCCUGGAUCGAUGCCGCGAAUCCUUUGUCGUCGUCGUUCUCUGGUGAUCCUCCCGUCGUCGAUUUUACGUUAUCCGAAAAGGAUACCACAGGGCUUCCACCGUGUCCGCCUUCUGUCGAAUUUCUCAUCACCGACGAGUGUGUGAAAGUUCGUCGGCCCGAGGAGAUUCCCGCUGAGAUUUUAGAUGCUCACAUACGUCAUCAUCUUUCCGGCCAGGGAGGAAUUUCGCCCAUUGUACGUCUCUGGUGUAUGAACAUGUUCCGUCAGAUAUAUCCCGAGGAAAGUUUCCCUGAUGUUCCUUGUUUCGAUUUCGAUUUUAUUUCAUAAUGUACAUUCGCGUAUCUUAUAUAUAUUUGUUAAAGCAACGCUAUACAACAUUUUAUUAAAUACAAAAUUUAUUUAGAACAGAAUAACUAUUUCAUGUUAUAUAUAACAUAAUAACUUGAAAUGUUAACGAAUAGCGCUCUAUUCUCAUAUACUUUUCAAACAGGAAUGAAUUCGUUUUAUUGCACAUUUGUUGAUUCAACACAUAGGCGAUGCGUUCAUCUCAUGGCUCUUUCAUUCCUCGCUCGUACAAUACAGAUGUACAUACAUCUAUUUUCUAACACGGCUCCUUGUCUAAAUUUUUCAUAUUUUUCUUCGCAUAAAGACUUUGUGAAUAUGUCCGCAAUAUCCUCGUUAGAUCAUUUUGAUUGCAUCCAUUGCAUUUUCUUCUACAUACUCAUGUACAUAAUGAUAAUGAAUUUCUAUAUGUUUCGAAUUUUUCCUCAAACUUUCACAUUUCGCUAUACUAAUAGUUCCGAAAUUAUCUUCGUGAAUCUUUAUUGGCUUAUCUAUCCUUACAUUAAAUGUUUCAACCACCUCCUUUAUAAAUAUUGAUUCAUCAACUGCUUCUGAUAAUGCCAAGUAUUCGGCAAACGUCGAAGCUUUUGUUACACAUUUUUGUUUUUUUUUGAUUUCCAAUGAAUUACAUUACCAUAUAAUCGAAUUACUUAACCAGUGGCAGACUUCCUAUCGAUAAUAUCACCUACAUCGUCCUUUUCAAUUUUCAAAUUCGUUUCCAGAGGUGUAUUAUAUAAUUUACUAUAUCGCAACUUAUACUUCCUUAUUAAUGACUUAAUAUAUUUCGUCUGACAUCGCUUCGUUUCAUUUCAUUUCAUUUUUAUAACAAUCAUAUUCAACGUUAAUUUCUAAAUAUUCUUUUAUUUCACCUGUAUCUUUCAUUUCAAAUUUAUCAGAUAAAAGUUUCUUUGUCUGUCGUACUUUCUCUUUGCUCAUGCUACAAAUCAAUAAAUCAUCUACAUAUACGAGUAAAUAAACAAUAUUUAUUCCUUUCUUAAAAGUAUAUAGGUUGUAAUCUAUGUUACUUUUUCUAAAUACUAAAUUUAUCAGAAAUUUAUUUAAACAUUCGUACCAAGCUCUCGGACUCUCUCUUAAAUCAUAUAAUGCCUUUUCCAGUUCCAGUUACAUACACUAUUCGUACCAUCUUUGUAUCCUUUCGGUUAAUUGACGUAUGUUUCAGAGAUUACUUUACCAUUUAAGAAUACAGUUUCUACAUUUAUUUGUUCAAUAACUAGGCCCAUUUUACAACAAUGAGAUAAUAAUAUCUUUAACGUCUGCCUUUUUUGCUACAGGAGAGUAUAUAUCAUUAAUUGCAUCUGUUUUUAACGUAGCUUUAUAUCUACCAUCUGAUUUUCUUGUGUAAAUCCACUUUACAUCCUUGUAUCAUCAACUAAUUUCCACGUUUUAUUUUUACUUAGAUAUUUUAUUUCUUUAUCCAUAGCCUUUUUACAGAGUGUCAUUACUUUCAAUCGCCUCCUCAAAUGUAAAAGGAGUAUCUACUAUCACUACAAUAAUUUAUCUUAAUAAUAAUAUUUAAUAAUUUAUCUAAUUGGUUCUUUCCUUUCGCGUUUUGAUUUACGUGGUAUACUCUCAAAAUUGGUCUCACAUUCCGAAUCAUUUUUAUUUUCUUUAACUUUUCUUUGUUCAAUUUCAUCAACGCUUUCGGAGCUAUCAUCCGACAAUUUGUCAUUUACGCAAUCAUUGUUUUCUUCGUCUGAUUCAUCUAAACCGAUACAUUUUACAUUUUUUCUGCGAUGUCAACAUGUCUCGCAACUAUUAUUUUAUUAUUUAUAAGAGCUCUGUAACCGAUCCCAUUGUCACCCCCCGUAGUAAAAUUCCCAUAUCUGCCUUUCUUUCAAAUUUAGAAAUUCUUUUCUGUUCUGGUCUUCUCACAAAAAUUUUGCUUCCAUAUAAACGUUAAUUUGUAACAUUUGGUUUUCUUCUGAAAAAUAUCUCAUAAGGUGUUUUUUUUUUUACUAUAGUAUUUGCUAACGUGCGAUUUGAAAAAUCGCACGUUAUUUCCGGCCAAUAUCGUUCGUGUACUUGUGCUUCUGCUAAUAAAUAACGCGCCAAGCCCAUUAUUGUUUUACUAAAUCGUUCCGCGGUUCCAUUUAAUUCGUGUACAUAAGCAAUACGUACAUAUUAUUAAUAGCUAUGGCCGUUUCUUUGGCAAAAUUAGAAAUAUUCUUUCCCGCUCUGGCAUCUCUAAAAUUUAAUCCUUUUAGCUGUUAAAUUCUCACUUUCAUUUACAAAUUGAACUACGUAAUCAAAAACUGCUUUAGACUUUAUGCAAUAAAUCUUUGCAACUUUACUGUAAUUUUCAAUGAAGAAGACAAAAUACAUUUCCCCGUUUAUACCGAUUGUUGUAAAAUUACCACACAUGUCAGUAUGAACUAUUUCUAGAAUAUCUUUGGCCCUCGUUCUACUAUUUUUGAAUGGCAAAUUAUGCAUUUUAUUUUCUAUGCACGUCUUAUAUUUCAUAAAUUCUGUUUCAAGUUCCAUUGGAAUAACCGUUAACAAUUGUUCUUUACGCAGAGUAUUUAAAUAGCUACAAUUUACAUGGUCUAAUAUUCUAUGCCACUUUUCUUUCCGACUCGUUAUUUUCACUAUUAGCAACAUUUAUCGAACGCUCUGUGCUCUUUAAUUUGCUUGUCAUUUUGUACGUUCUAUUUUGUUUAAAAGCUACAGCUGUAACCUUACCAUUUUUAUCUAUAUUUUUUCAUAAAUUUCCUUUAGAAACAAUCGUGUUAUUCUCAGUUAUCUUCCCGUAACUUAUUCAACUCGAAUGCAUAUUUUUCGCAUAAAACACAUUCUUCAUUACUAUCUCAUUUCUCUUACCAAACGUUUCAAAAUAACUAAUUACAUUUCCUACUUUCGUUGCUUUAACGACACUGUUAUCUCCUAAAUAUAUAUUUACGGGUUCUCUAAGUUUAAUGCAUUCAUCAAAAUUGAUUAUGUGAUCAGUACAACCGCUAUCUAAUAAUCAAUUUGCUUCAAUAUUAUUUAAACUAUUUGCAUCGCUGUUGUAUGCUGUAUGCUUUACCGUUGCCAACCAUGCGCUCGUUCAUGCGUUAUUCUGCUCAUCUUGAUUACGAAAGCUUCGCAAGUUUCCGCGCCCUCUGUUGUGGUAUCCUUUUCCGGCUCUGCCUAAGCCGCGACCACGUGUGGACCGCCGCCAAGAACCGGCGUUGUUUCCCGUUUGGCCAGUCUGACAAUCCCGUGCAAAAUUUUUUUUUUUUUUUUAUUAUAUUGUUUAUUUUUAAUUUUAUAAUUUGUCCAGUGGAACAUUAGGUAAAAUGUUAUAACAUGUGA